CUCCUGAUCUCCAGCAUGGCAUGUCUGUGGUUCCCUGGAGGCUCCUGGACACUGAUACUUAUGGUACUGAGCCCUCCUCUCACUUGGGCCAGGAACACCCAACCACAUUUCAUGGUGCAGGCUAAGUCCGAGUGUCAUUUCUCCAACGGGAUGGAGCGAGUGCGACUCCUGGACAGAUACUUCUAUAACGGGGAGGAGAACGUGCGCUUCGACAGCGACGUCGGGGAGUUCCGGGCAAUGACAGAGCUGGGGCGGCUGGAUGCUGAGCACUGGAACCGGCAGAAGGAUGACCUGGAGCGGAAGCGGGCCGAGGUGGACACGUUCUGCAGACACAACUAUGGGAUUUUCGAUAGCUUCAUGGUGCAGCGACGAGUUGAGCCCACAGUCACUGUGUAUCCUGUAAAGACCCAGCCCCUGCAGCACCACAGCCUCCUCAUCUGCUCUGUGAAUGGUUUCUAUCCAGGCCACAUCGAAGUCAGGUGGCUCCGGAAUGGCCAGGAAGAGGAGGCUGGAGUCAUCUCCACAGGCCUGAUCCGUAAUGGAGACUGGACCUUCCAGACCCUGGUGAUGCUUGAGACAGUUCCUCAGAGUGGAGAGGUCUACACCUGCCAAGUGGAGCACCCAAGUCUGACGAGCCCUGUCACAGUGGAAUGGAGGGCCCAGUCUGAGUCUGCACAGAGCAAGAUGCUGAGUGGAGUCGGGGGCUUCGUGCUGGGGCUGCUCAUCCUUGGAACGGGGCUGUUCAUCCACUGCAGGAACCAGAAAGGCUCAAAAGGCCCAAAAGGCUUAACUGUUAGUUCUCCUGCUUUUACCAGAUAUGUUCCCCCACCCAGCAGGAAAGCAUCCCCACCUGGCUACUUCUCCUGUAAGCCUGAACAGUGCCCACCAUGCCACCAUAACUCCACCAGGGGAAACAAGCAUCAGCAUGACUGUAAGAAGAGGGGGGCAGCAAUCCUGAGUGAGCAUGCACAUGCUUUCAAAGCUGGUGUGAGUGCCCAUCGUGACACUGUGGCCCUAAUGAGUGGCCCCAGCUCAGACCCUGUGAAGAAGCCCCACCCACCAAGCACAGCAGCUGGUGUGACUGUAAGCGGAGGCAGUUGCAAUCUGGAGUACAUGCAAAAGCCUACCAGAGUGCCCAGUGUACCUGCACGACUUCCAGCAGAUGGGGUGGGAUCAGAAACACAGCUUUUGCUUUCCCCCAGCUGUAGCAGGUGGAAUCUGGGAGCUGAUACUACCACAAAUGCACUGCCAAAGGAUUAG